CACAGUGCAGCUGCUGUCGCGGUCCAUUUAGUGGGUCAUGGGGAAGGUAAAUAAAGAAAGAUUAAAAGAGCUAACUCGUAAAGUCUAGUAAGAAACCAUAUCGUAAAGACAGGCGUAGUUCUACGACGUUUGACCUCGAUUUUCCUGGACUAAUCUUUGUUAUGCCCAAAAUUGUGUAUCUUGGCUGCAUGCGCUUUACUAUUCAAGACGAGUGAUUUUCCAGGGAGGAAAGGUCUUAUCCUACUACCCCUUGUAAGGUGGUGUAACUGAGACAGCAGUGGGGCGCCAUGGCGAUGAGGGAGCUGGUGGAGGCGGAGUGUGGGGGAUCCAAUCCCCUCAUGAAGCUGACGGGUCACAUGACCCAGGAAGGAGGACCCUGGAGGCAUCGCGCUACCCCUAACAUUCCUCCUACGCCUAUCGAGAUAGCAACGGAAGAGGAGCUGGUGAAUGAGUUCCUGCAGGCUCCUCCAAGGCCACCUCACAGCUUCGACAUGGGCCAACUCCUGGAGGAGAUGCAGCAGAUCGACCAGCAGAGCUACAGACAGGCUCCACAGAGAGCACCGGGGGUAGCAGCGCUGGCACUGUCAGGUGACUGGGCCUCGGAGUUUGUGUCUGGAGCUGACGCUGCCUCUGCACCUGGGCAAGUGGGCCUGGUGGAAGCAGGCGACGCAGACUGGACUAAGGAGUUCAUCAGCGACGUGGCAGACCCUGGUCGCUGGGCUCAGGAGUAUUUGGAGCAGUCGGAAGAGAAGCUGUGGCUGGGAGACCUUGGCGGAAAGGAGCAAGAUAAAGAAUGGACGCAGGAAUACCAGCCUGGAGACGAGCUGAAACAAACAGCCAAUGAACUUCUUGCCAAAGUUGAUGACCCCAAGUUGCAGAAUACAGAGUUCCUGCGGUUCAUUAGGCAGAUUGGCGAGGGCAGUGUGACUGUGGAGGACAGUGCAGGCAAGCAGAGCACUGAUAAAGCACAGGCCCAGGAGGCCGAGCGCUGGGCAUCCAGCCUCAACCAGGUGUCGGCGGAGUCUGCUGAGUCGUGGGUAGACGAGUUUGCUGUGGCGGGACCAGAUUUCCAGCAGGCAAAAGCUGCAGUGGAGAGCGAUGUGGACUUCUGGGAGAAGCUGCAGCAGGAGUGGGAGGAGAUGGCCAAGAGGGAUGCGGAGAGCCACCCGUGGCUGUCGGACUUUGACCAGCUGCUCAGCACCUCCUACGACAAGGGGUACCAGUUUGAGGAGGAGAACCCCUACAUGUCCCAUGACGACCCCCUGGCCGAGGGGGUGAAGCGCAUGGAGGCGGGCGACAUUCCGGGGGCGGUGCUGCUCUUUGAGAGUGCAGUGCAACGGGAACCAGACAACCAGCUGGCUUGGCAAUAUCUGGGAACCUGUCAAGCAGAAAAUGAGCAGGAGUUUGCUGCUAUAAGUGCUCUCCGCAGAUGUAUAGACCUGAAGAAAGACAACCUGACCGCCCUGAUGGCUUUGGCCGUCAGCUUCACCAACGAAUCGCUGCACAGGCAGGCCUGUGAGACGCUGCGCGAUUGGCUGAGGCAUAACCCCAAGUACCGCCCCAUCCUGGAGCAGAGCGAGCGGGAGAAGGAGAGGGACGGGAGCAGGGAGAGGGACAAGGAGAGGGAGCGCUUUGGAUCCCUUCUGCCUGAGGGUCUGUUCACAGAGGUGCAGUCGUUAUUCCUGAGCGCAGCUGCCUCUGACCCCAACCACGUGGACCCUCAGUUGCAGUGUGGCCUGGGGGUCCUGUUUAACCUGAGCGGAGAGUAUGACAAGGCAGUGGACUGCUUUACCGCCGCUCUGUCGGUCACCCCACAGGAUUACUUGCUGUGGAACAAGCUGGGGGCCACGCUUGCCAACGGCAGCCGGUCGGAGGAGGCUGUCGCCGCCUACAGGAGAGCCCUAGAACUGCAGCCUGGUUUUGUGCGCAGCCGCUACAACCUGGGCAUCAGCUGCGUCAACCUCGGAGCUCACAGGGAAGCUGUGGAGCAUUUCUUGGAGGCUCUUUCCCUGCAGCGUCAAGCGGCCGUGGAGAGCACCGUUCCCGCGGGCAAGGCCGGUGCCGCCGCCACCAUGAUGUCCGACAACAUCUGGUCCACGCUGCGCAUGGCCCUCAGCAUGAUGGGAGAGAGCUCGCUGUACGCCGCUGCCGACCGCCGAGACCUCGACACGCUACUCGCACACUUCUGCCAGCGGGAGGGCGAACCCGGGCCGCAAUGAGGGCGAGAGGGGGAGGGAGGAGGUGGAGGAGGAGGUCAAGGGGGGCAGAUUGUGGUAAUUGAUUGUGAAUGUGGAGAGAAGUGUUCGGGGAAGGUGGAGAAGUGAGGAGGGCAAGUGUGGAGGAGGGAACUGAUUGGUUGAAGGACACACAAUGGCUUGCUGAGAAACUGUGAAGAGUCCAAUGAGCUCAAUGUAAGCACCGUUAAUGGACUGCCCUUUAGGUCCAAAAGUUAACAUGGUUGGGAGUGAAACACACAAAAGUGGUACAUUAAUGGACAAUGUCUGAAGCUGGUUGUUGUUACAUUACAUGCUCUUGUCCAACCACCAGGCCUAUCCGUCCCCUUACAUUACACAGCAUGAGAAAGGACAGUAGGGUUACACACGUCUCUACAGCACAGAUGAAACACAGCAGUCUAGGGACAAAAGAAAAUAAAUGGUGAGAGAUGAAAAAGAAGAAAUUAAGGGAUCAGGUACUAAAAUGAGUGUGAGCACACAAGUCAUAAGUAUGCUUUUCCCCGUGGUUGCUUUCUUCUGAAAUAGCUCAAGUUGUAAAAUAAUUUGCCUAAUUGUAAAUGCUCAUUGCCAUAUCAUGUAUUGUGCUAUACCUAUUGCUUUCAGAAAGUAAUUAGUUAUGUAAUCUGAGCAAUAACUGACUGUAAAACAAUGACAUUGCCCUAAGGAGAGUAUCAACAUUGAACGCGUUUUCAAGUGUGAAGUCAUUUCAACAUUAACUGUAAAAUUGUCAUAAAAUAUUUGAAAUACAAGUUAUUAUCUAAAACUG